AUGGUAUCGCUGCAGGAACCUACUCUGCCCAAGCCAGCGCACAUUACGGCGUAUACACAACGUUCUAAGUCUGUGGCGGGGCUCCUGCGCCCCUCGCCCAUGGAGAUGGAGCUCUCGAGAGUGGCGCAAAGCAAAACUGCCGAGGACGUGGUCCGAGAAAUUACCAUGCAAGACAAGGCGGCGGAAUUGUAUCAGCGACCGCGCUCGGCGACGGGAUUGGCGCAGUACAUGGGGCAGAAUACGUGGUGA